AUGGAUUUCAUCAAGACCAGUUCCCUGCGUGCUCUGAUUGAGUUAACUUUCCAACGCAAUUGGAAUGGCCUCAUUUGGAUGAGUAGAAAAGGAGUUAUAACCAAAAGAGUGAAGACUGUCCAGACGGCUCUAUCGAGAACAGCGCCCAACCGCGCAGUCCGGCUGGCCGAGGAACGAAUGUUCCGCGCUCGGCCAAAUCACAUCCGUCCGACUGAAGUCUCGGCCAAAGUCCAAACCGACCGGCCGAUCACGCACACGACCCGGGAAACAUUGUCCCGCGGUCGGCCAAGCCAACGCUCACGCCACCCGCGCACGACCAAAGCGCGCGAGCCGGGAAACAAGCCUCGCGGCCGCGCAACCCGUUCCGCGUACCACGGCCGAUGCAUCCGUCCGAGCCGGGAAAGAACGUCCCACGUCCGGCCGAGAAUUUCAUCGGCCAAAUCUCAAUCCGCUCGACCACGCCGGCCGACCGCGAAUCCGUCCGACCCCGACCGUUCCGACUCGGCCACGACCCGAUUGUCCGGCCGAUCGUCCCGCACGACCGUCCCAACGCCGCGGUGCAUGACUAGGAGGUCCAACAAGGACAACCUAGUUGAACAUCCAGAGAUAGACAAGCUUGAGAAGCAACUUAGGAAGCAGAAAGCCCAAGAGAUGGCCGACGAAGCAGCUCGCGCUCACGCCGCUGAAGUGGCGCGCGCUCAAGAAGAAGGAAGAGAUCCACCUCCUCCUCCUCCUAAUCCACUGCUGGAGAUGUGA